AUGUUUCAAUUGAUUCUUAUCAAUCUUCUCAAACAGGCUAUACACGUUGAACCGGAUGUUCAGGCCCUUCGAGUGACUCUAAUGACGAUGUAUGGCUGUGUUUCAAUUGGAGGUAAAGAGUGUAUGGGUAUUAUCAACCCAGCCAACACCAACGAGGCAAUGCAUCUCUCGCAUUUGGCGAUGGACAUAUGGGCAGAACUCCUUGCCAUUCAUAAGCCUGGAGUCACCUUAAUGAGACCACCUACCGGACCCGAGUUUCGAUGGUUGCCGAUCAGCAAGUUACAUUCCAGAAAGGCUUCAACCGCCAGCUCUGUUCAGUCAACCUCUCAAGUCCCAAUAGUCUCACACCACAAGUCUACACCCCGAUCAGAUUCCCCAGCCCCAAGGCCACUCCCUCACUUUGACUGUUACCUUGACUAUUGUUCGAUUGAGAAGGACAAUCAAGAAACUCGCGAUUUGCUCAAGAAAUACAACAUCGUCAAUUUUGAGAUGUUUCUAUCCUCUGAGCUUAGCUGCGCAGUGAUGGCAGGUUUUGGGUUUGGCUUUGGACAACGUGUCCGACUCCAUGAAAAUGCCAUAUCAUAUCGACAGCAUCUCAAGGAUGAAGCUAAUCCUACUUUCUAA